AUGAUAGCUGUAUCGGAAGUGUUGUCAUUUUAUGGGCGGCAUAGAUUAAAGAUUUUGAGAAGUUCUUACGUUUUACUGCUUUUCUCAACGCUGUAUGGAUUAUCAGGUAGUAAAAGUGUAUCAAAGGCAGUCAAAAGGGUUGAAAAAAGGGAUAGUAUGCAUGGUGGGGAGGCUGGUGCAGGCGGUAGUGAUUUUGGAAUUUAUAGCGGCUCUGAAGAUGAUUCGAUGAGUGACAAGCAGAGUGAUGAAGACGAAAAUGAGGGUGAGAUGCAUUUAUCUCGCAAGAAGAAAACUGAUACAAGACAACAUUCACAGAGGAAACACAAUCAUCAACGUUUGGAUUUUCUCAUAAAAUUGAUCCUUAGAGAUAAAAAAUUUAUACUGCUGUUUUUAACACAAGCAGUAUUAUUGGUUAUAAGAACCCUACUAUCGCUACGUGUUGCAACUUUAGAUGGUAAAAUUGUAUCAUCCUUGGUGAAGGCCAAGUAUUCCAAAUUUAUUAAAAUUUUAGGCAAUUGGAUGUUACUGGGGAUACCGGCAAGUUUUGUAAACGCAUUAAUAGCUUAUAUGACAAGAUGGUGUUCAUUGACUAUUAACAAGAUACUUACCACGUAUAUGCUGGGCAAAUAUUUGGCAAAUCACCAUACAUUCUAUGCCGUAGCAGCAUCUAGUACAGCCUCUGAGGUCCAAGAUAACCUGACAAAGGAUAUCGCGGCUUUCUCCAAUACUGUAUCAUCUUUACUAAACCAAUUGUUAAAGCCAAUGCUAGAUUUGCUUCUUUGCUCAUUCAGACUACUAAAUUCAAACUCUAGUUUUAUGGGAGAAGGUACAUUGGCAUUGGGACUGGUAGUUCACAUAUCUAACCAAUUGUUAAGAGCAGUACAACCUAACUUCACCAAAUUGAUCAUGAAGAGAUCUACUAUGGAAAGCUGGUUUAGAUCUUUACACUCUAAUGUCCAUGCCCAUAACGAAGAAAUUGCGAUUAUGAGAGGUCAGUCAAAUGAAUUAACUACUUUAGAUUAUUCGUUUUACGAAUUGGUUCUAUUCAUGAACAGAGAAAUUAAGAAAAGAUUUGCUUACGAUUUUGCUUCUAGUUUUAUCAUCAAAUAUUCUUGGGGUGCAGCAGGUUUAGUGCUUUGUUCUAUCCCCAUUUUCUUUAGGGAUAAAAUUGCAAUUGCUAGUGAAGAUGUUACAGCAGAUUUCAUUACAAAUAGGCGUCUUUUAAUGACUGCAUCAGGCUCCUUAGGCAGAUUCGUCGAGUUAAAAAGAAGCAUUCAACAACUUCGUGGUGUUUGGUUGAGACUAAAACGCUUUGAUGAACUAUUAGACAGUCAUUCAGGUGCACAAGAGUCUAGAUCAGACGAUGGUGUUACUAUUGAAUAUGAUCAGAAAAGAAUUAAAUUCGAAAAUGUACCGCUAGUGACACCAGCAGAUCAAAUAUUGAUUGAAGAGUUAAAUUUUGAAUUAAACCAUGGUGAUCAUCUUCUAAUAAUUGGUCCCAACGGAUGUGGUAAAUCUUCAUUGUUUCGUAUUCUUGGUGGAUUAUGGCCUGUUAGGUUAUCGCUAGAAGGUAAACCCACUAGAAUAGUAAUUCCGCCUGGUAUGAAUGAUGAUGAAUGUUCUAUCUUCUAUUUACCUCAAAAACCUUAUAUGGGUAAUAUGACAACCUUCAGGGAGCAAAUCAUAUAUCCUGACACAGUUGCACAGUUUGAAAGAAGGUUUCAUGGUAAUUACGGUAAAGGUGAUAAGCAUUUGGCAAAAAUUUUGAGUACAUUAGAAUUGGAGGAUCUUAUUUCUGAAAACAUGGCUCUGGUAAUGGUGAAUGCUUCUGACAAUGGUGGAGGAAUUAAUUCACCUGUGAAACCACGUCAAGCGUUUGAUAUUAGAAGAAACUGGUCAGAAGAAUUAUCCGUUGGUGUACAACAGAGACUGGCUAUGGCAAGAAUGUAUUACCACAGACCGAAAUUUGCAGUCCUAGAUGAAUGCACUUCAGCGGUAUCGCCUGAAAUGGAACAGAAGAUGUAUUUAACAGCACAAAGGCUGGGAACUUCACUGAUAUCGGUGUGUCAUAGAACUAGUCUAUGGCAUUUCCAUAACUACCUGUUAAAAUUCGAUGGUAAAGGUGGGUAUAAAUUUGAACAUUUUGAUCCGCAAGAAAGACUAGCCAACGAAAAUAAGCUAAUGGAAUUAAAUGCAAUUCUUGAUCAACAAGUUCCAAUGUGGGAAAAACGACUCAAAGAUUUAACAGUGGCCAGAAGAUCGAAUAUCAUCCGUAGGUCACAAUCAGAAUUAAUUCAGCCACCAUCGCCACCGAAGAAUUCUCCAGAUGCAACCAAAAUGCCUUUAUCCAAUGGUCAAAGAUUACCAGCAAAUCCAGUCGCUGCUACACAACCAAGCAAGAUCAACUCAAAACUACUAAGAUCUAGUGAUAGUCAAGAAAAAACAAACGAACCUGUAAAUAAUAUAUGA